CCUGCCUGUCGUCAUCUUCGUCGUCUUCCUCGCGAAUUCGCUUGGUUUGCUGCCUUCCCUCCCUCCCCUUGUCGUGGCAAGGGAAGGAGACGGGCUUCUCAAAAGAAAAAGGGAAGGAGACGGGUACGGUCGCACUCCACUUCUUCCGUACCUCCCUCUCCAAUCCACUCCCCCCAAUUCCUUUUCCAAUCUCUCCGGCGAGACCAAGGAAUGAAUGAAUCGACCAGGGGCGAGAGAGCGGCAAGGCACCGGCGACGGCGGGACCUAGACGGAGGCAGCCAGCAAAGCCAAAUCCACCUCGAUGGAGUGGAGCCAAGCCCGAUGGCCAAUGGCGGAGCUGCGCAUGCCCCACUCCUCUCGAUCGUCGCCAUCCACCUCCCGCCUCCUUAUAUUCCCCUCCGCCGGCGCCCGCCUAGCUACCUCCAUUCCAUCGACUGAUUCCCCUCGAUGGAGGCCCUCGGCAUGGACGCCAUCAGCAACGAAACCGUCGACCUGGAGCACAUCCCCGUGGAGGAGGUCUUCGAGCAGCUCAAAUGCACUCGCGACGGCCUCACCGCCGACGCCGCCCAGGAGAGGAUCAACAUCUUCGGCUACAACAAGCUGGAAGAGAAGCAGGAGAGCAAAGUGCUCAAGUUCCUGGGCUUCAUGUGGAACCCCCUUUCCUGGGUCAUGGAGGCGGCAGCCAUAAUGGCCAUCGCCCUUGCUCAUGGAGGAAAAAAUCUUAGGGGAAAGAAAAUGAGCAUAGACUACCAUGACUUUGUCGGAAUCAUGCUACUGCUCAUUAUCAAUUCCACUAUUAGCUUCAUAGAGGAAAACAACGCUGGCAAUGCUGCUGCUGCGCUUAUGGCCCGCCUCGCCCCAAAAGCUAAGGUUCUACGUGAUGGAACCUGGAGCGAACUGGACGCGUCUUUGCUGGUUCCCGGUGACAUAAUCAGCAUUAAACUUGGAGACAUCAUUCCAGCAGAUGCACGUCUUCUUGAGGGAGAUCCACUAAAAAUUGAUCAGUCUGCACUUACGGGAGAGUCGCUACCUGUAACCAAGUACCCAGGUGAUGGAAUCUACUCUGGUUCAUCCUGUAAACAAGGUGAAAUAGAAGCAGUUGUUAUUGCCACUGGAAUCCAUACUUUCUUUGGAAAAGCAGCCCAUCUAGUUGAGUCAACUAAUCAUGUUGGCCACUUUCAGAAGGUUCUGACAUCAAUAGGAAACUUCUGUAUUUGCUCAAUUGCUGCUGGAAUGGCUAUCGAGUUAAUCGUGAUGUAUGCUAUUCAUGAAAGAAAGUACCGUCAGAUUGUUGAUAACCUUCUUGUGCUUCUUAUUGGAGGAAUUCCCAUUGCCAUGCCUACGGUUCUUUCUGUCACUAUGGCUAUUGGAUCACACAAACUAGCGCAGCAGGGUGCUAUUACCAAGAGGAUGACUGCCAUAGAAGAAAUGGCUGGAAUGGAUGUCCUUUGUAGUGACAAGACAGGAACAUUGACACUCAACAAACUGAGUGUUGACAAGAAUCUAAUUGAGGUUUUUGCUAGAGGUAUGGAAAAGGAUGACAUUGUCUUAAUGGCUGCAAGGGCUUCUAGAAUAGAGAAUCAAGAUGCUAUUGAUUUUGCUAUUGUUUCGAUGUUGCCAGAUCCAAAAGAGGCACGUGCCGGCAUUCAAGAAGUUCAUUUCCUCCCAUUCAAUCCAACUGACAAGAGGACAGCACUCACAUACUUAGAUGCUGGGGGUAAAAUGAACAGGAUUAGCAAAGGUGCUCCUGAACAGAUUCUGCAUCUAGCAUCGAACAAGUCUGAAAUUGAAAGGAAGGUCCAUCAUGCUAUUGGAAAUUAUGCCGAGAGAGGGCUGCGAUCGCUUGCUGUUGCCUAUCAGGAAGUACCUGAAGGGACCAAGGAAAGUCCUGGAGGACCUUGGCAAUUUGUUGGUCUUCUCCCGCUCUUUGAUCCUCCCCGUCAUGAUAGUGCUGAAACCAUACGCAGAGCUCUUGACCUUGGAGUCAGUGUGAAAAUGAUUACAGGUGAUCAGUUGGCUAUAGCAAAGGAGACGGGCCGGAGGCUAGGAAUGGGAACAAACAUGUAUCCUUCUUCGUCAUUGCUGGGUGACAAAAAAGGUGACAUAGCAGUCCUACCAGUGGACGAGUUGAUUGAGCAAGCUGAUGGGUUUGCUGGAGUUUUUCCAGAGCACAAAUACGAGAUUGUGCAGAGGCUGCAAGCCAGAAAGCACAUAUGUGGGAUGACUGGAGAUGGAGUCAAUGAUGCGCCUGCUCUGAAGAUAGCAGAUAUUGGAAUUGCUGUGGCCGAUGCUACUGAUGCUGCUCGAGGUGCCUCUGACAUAGUUCUGACAGAACCUGGAUUGAGUGUGAUCAUCAGUGCAGUGCUAACUAGUCGGGCAAUUUUCCAAAGAAUGAAAAAUUAUACUAUAUAUGCGGUGUCUAUAACCAUACGUAUUGUGCUUGGGUUUCUGCUCUUGGCAUGCUUUUGGAGGUUUGACUUCCCUCCGAUGCUGGUUCUUGUGAUAGCGAUUCUUAACGAUGGAACCAUUAUGACUAUCUCCAAAGACAAGGUGAAGCCAUCUCCCCACCCGGACAGCUGGAAGCUAGUGGAGAUAUUUGCAACGGGAGUGAUCAUCGGGGCUUACCUGGCUGUGACGACGGUGCUCUUCUUCUGGGCAGCCUAUAAGACGGAGUUCUUCGUGAGGGUUUUCGACGUUCGGAGCCUGAACAUUGACAAGCUGAGGAGGGAGAUGGGAGACAAGGAGGACACGGAUGCGAUCGCCGACAACAUGGAGAGGCUGGCCUCCGCCGUGUACCUCCAAGUGAGCACCAUCAGCCAGGCGCUGAUAUUCGUGACCCGGUCGAGGGGCUGGUCCUUCCUGGAGAGGCCGGGCCUGCUUCUGAUGGGCGCCUUCGUCGUGGCGCAGCUGCUGGCCUCGGUGCUGGCCGCCAUGGUGAACUGGGAGCUCGCCGGCAUCAAGGGCAUCGGGUGGGGCUGGACUGGCGCCAUCUGGGUGUACAACAUCGCGGUGUACCUGCUGCUGGACCCCAUCAAGUUCGGCGUGCGCUAUGGGCUCAGCGGCCGGGCCUGGGGCCUGGUGAUCGACCACAAGGUGGCCUUCACGAGCCGCAAGGACUUUGGCAAGGAGGCCCGCGAGGCGGCCUGGGCCCACGAGCAGCGGACCCUGCACGGGCUCGAGCCUGGGCCCGGGCCCCGGCUCCCUGCAUCAUCAUCAUCAUCCGUGGAGCAGCUGGGCCUGAUGGCGGAGGAUGCCCGGCGGCGCGCCGAGAUCGCCCGGCUCCGGGAGCUGCACACCCUCAAGGGCAAGGUGGAGUCGGUGGUGAAGCUCAAAGGCCUCGACCUAAACGACAUCAACAACCAGCACUACACCGUGUGAUUAGUUACUGGGCGCACCUAUUAUUAUUAGUGAUAACCUGCGCGUUGCUGCGGGAUUUUUUAAA